CAGGUCUCUAAAUAAUUGCCUCUGGCGGCGCAGGCAGAGCAUCUCCACAUCCAUCUCGGAGCGGCGCAGGAAGAAGGCGGGGCCGAUUCAAAGGCAGCUGGCGUGGUUGAGCACCCUGGGACCUCGCUAUGGCGGCGACAGGCAUCCCCAGCCGUCUCCUGCUGCUACGGGGGAGGCGAUGGGGAGGCUUCUUCCUCUUGCCGGGCGUAAGAAACAUCUCUAACAGCUGCAGCCGGGGCAAUUGCCCCAGCAACGGCAGCAGGAAUGAAGCAACUGUUAUCUCAGGGAGAAGGCUGGCUGCACAAGUCUGUGAGGAAAUACAAAGAGAUAUUGAAUCAUGGCUUACCCUUGGCCACAAGAGACCUCAUCUCACUGUUGUUUUAGUAGGAGAAAACUCAGCUAGCCAUACUUAUGUAAGAAAUAAAGUAAAAGCAGCAGCAGCCGUAGGCAUUUGUAGUGAAAUAAUACUGAGGCCCAAGGAAAUUUCUCAAGAAGAACUUUUAGAUCUUACUGGCAAAUUAAACAAGAAUUCAAGAGUCAGUGGCAUAUUAGUCCAGUUACCUUUGCCAGAUCACAUUGAUGAAAGGACUGUGUGCAACAGUGUUGCUCGUGAAAAGGAUGUGGAUGGAUUCCAUAUUUUCAAUAUCGGGCGACUGUGUCUAGACCAGCCCUCCAUUAUACCUGCCACUGCUGCUGCAGUUUGGGAAAUAAUAAAGAGAACUGGAAUACAAACAUUCGGAAGAAAUGUUGUUGUAGUUGGAAGAUCAAAAAAUGUUGGAAUGCCCAUUUCAAUGCUUUUACAUACUGAUGGGGGACAUGAAAGGCCUGGAGGUGAUGCUACUGUGACAAUAACUCACAGAUAUACGCCAAAAGAACAGCUGAUGAUCCAUACCCAGCUUGCAGACAUUGUGAUAGUUGCUGCAGGUAUUCCAAAAUUAAUUACUUCUGAUAUGAUUAAAAGAGGAGCCGCAGUGAUUGAUGUUGGUAUCAACCAUAUUAAUGAUCCUGUCACUGGAAAGACAAAGUUAGUAGGAGAUGUAGACUUUGAAGAAGUAAAGAAGAAAGCUGGUUUUAUCACCCCUGUCCCAGGAGGUGUAGGACCAAUGACAGUUGCCAUGCUCCUGAAGAAUACUUUAAUCGCUGCAAAGAAAUUGAUUUACUAAAAUGUAUAAAUUGAAGUAAUGCUAUAGUUAUAUAAACAUUUAUUUUUGUUAC